AUGGUGACAAUGUCCUCGACGAUGUCGAACAUACCGACAUGUGAGCCGCACAUUUUCAACGAUAUUCAGACAGAUGCCAGGCUAUUUGGAGGAAUGCCAAUUGCUAUAUUCGGUAUCAUCACUAACAGCAUCAACAUCGUCGUAUUUCUCGAUCAGGAAAUGCGAUGCUCAUUGGUCAAUCACUUCUUGCUCGUUCUGUCGAUAUCCGAUCUACUGCUGUUACUCUGCAAUUUCUUUAUGCUGAUCUUCCCAGUAAUUGCCUCUAUGAGUAACUCGGUCACUCUACAUGACUCCUUUCCAUUGGUAUUGUGGUCAGUUACGUUUACUUGUAGGGGGACUGAUAGAAAACUAUUUGAAAUUCCAAUCUCAGGCUUACGCUCUUAUCCAAUUGGCCUCAGCACGCAGACUUGCGGUGUCUACUUGACAGUGUUGGUGUCCGUGCACCGGUUAGUUACGGUUUUGUUCGAAAGAACAUAUACCGCUGGCUGA